GCCCCAGGUUUGUAUCCCGAAAAGCAACGAUCACUCUCGGGAGGAGGAGAAGAGGGUUUCCUGGGUCAAUCCGCCCGGCCCCGAAGAGCGCCCCGCCAACGGAGCUGGGCUCCCGGGACAGAGGGAAUAGCUGGCUGGGCUCCAGGGGCCGACCCCCACCUGGCUUCUCCUGGUCUCCGAGUCCCGGUCCUCCCCCCACCGCCUGGCUACUGACCCAGGGACGCUGGUGAGGCGAAGGCUGCGGCGGGCGCCCCGGGCAAGGGGCUGGGGGCAUGUCCGGGCGGCGCUGAGAGCGGAGCGGAGUCCCCCCGUCCUUCCCGGGCUGUGACCGGCGGGUGACUUCUGCCUCCCCCCAAAUGACCCUGCGCUCUUUCGAGCCCUCGGAUGGCGCGGAGCGGGCCGGGACCGAGUGGCGGGGUCCCCGGGCUGAGGGGACCGAGCGGGCGGCGGCGGAGCGCCUGGCCGCGGCCAUGGAGGAGCUGAGGCGGGCAGGGUGGUACUGGGGCAGUAUGAAUGUUGCUGAAGCCAAAGAGAGAUUACAAGAUACUCCUGAAGGUACUUUCUUGGUUAGAGACAGCUCCCAUUCAGAGUAUCUACUGACUAUCUCGGUAAAAACAUCAGCUGGACCAACCAAUCUGCGUAUCGAGUAUCAAGACGGCAAAUUCAGACUGGACUCCAUCAUAUGUGUCAGAUCUCGGCUUAAACAAUUUGAUAGUGUGGUCCAUCUGAUUGAAUACUACGUUCUUACAUGCAAGGAUAGAAAAACUGGGCCUGAAACUCCAUCAAAUGGAAUAGUGCAUCUUUAUUUGAACAAACCUCUCUAUACUUCAACUCCAUCUCUGCAACAUCACUGUAGAAUAACUAUAAACAAAUGUACAGAUAAGAUCUUGGAACUGCCUUUACCAACAAGAUUAAAAGAGUACUUGAAAGAGUAUCAAUACCAGGUAUAAAUAUCUUUUCUAAAUAUGUCUCACGGAGAGUAACUUUGAAUGCAACUAUUAAAAUCAGCCGAAGAACUGAGUAUCCAGCUGUACAAUUCAGCAUGGAAUUCAUUAUCAAAAUAGGGUCAGUCUAUUGAGGGGGGGGGAAGGUUUGGAUUUAAAGUGCCUCCAAAUAAGGUUCUGCGCAGAGCCUUCCCAAGUCAUAUUUUUGAUGGGAGUGGAGGGGGUGAGGCUGCAGUCUCUUAACAAGGUAUGUUGGCAUCCUUGGGAUCCUGUCCAAGAUGUAUAGUGUUGUGUUUGAAGAAAAUGGUGUAGAGCACUGUAAUGGCCACCAAGUAAUAUCUAAAGUGGUGAUACACAGGAAGUGGGAGAGACUGCAGCUUUAGAUGGAAAAGGUCAUAGAAUAAGUAAAUGGCCUCAGUUGUCUGAUUCCAAGGCUAGUUAGGUGCUGAUGCUGGUAUGCUUUUGCAAUGUUAAGUGGCUUGUGCUUGUGAUUCUCUGGCCAAACUUAUGCAACUAAUCAACCAAGCCAAAAAGCUAUCAACCUCAGUUUAGUCUGUACUGAACCAUAAUCCUGUGGGGUUUUUAGCUCUUGUUUGUCUUUUUUUGCAAACAUAAGAGUACUGCAGUAAUCCAAUUUAAAAACCUUUUGGAAAUAAGCUUUUAAAACUGGAUUUAAGGGAAAACACUUCAUUAUCUUUCAGGGGACCCCAGUGUGUCACUGAUCUACCAGAUUGGUAUACCAGCAUCUUUGUGGAUGUGUUAACAUCUUCCCUUCUUACUAUUUAGCCUCUUUUUGGAUGAGGCCAUAGACUCUACACAGCAGCUCUGCAGUUGCUCAGUUUCAAUAUCUAAGCAUGAAUAUCAGCAGUUAUGGCUGCCUUCUACAAUGUAGAAGAGCUUUUUCAAUUUGUUUCCUAGAACUAUAGGAAAGUUUUGUUUAUACACUGCUGUAGCUGUCAGACUUCAGACUGUAUUCAAUAAAGUGUACCUAACUGCA